GUCAAACGAAAAAUAUAGUCUUUAAUUCAAAAAUAUUUAUAUAAAUAUUAAAAAUGUAAUUACAGAAUGAAUUUGAAAAAGAAAGAAUUUCGAAGAGCCUUUGACUCUAAUACUAUUUUAUUAUAUUUUUUAGGUUUAAGAUGCUACGCAUGUUCCUUCUCCACAUCGGAUUCAGAUCAAUCAUGCCUUACAAUAACUGACACCACGCAUAUUGUGGACUGUCCUUUCACAUAUUGCACCAUCAUGCGCCAAGAGUUUAUGGAUCCUGCCGGUGCCAUUUCGAGUUUCCUCAGAGGCUGUGAAGAAGAGCCCGACCACUUGAAUCACGAGAUAACAGACCCUACCUUCCGCACCUUCUAUCGAGCUUGCACAAAUGAUCUCUGUAACAUUGGUAACGGCAUCCAACCAGUAGUUGGCGGUAGUCUAUCUCCACGUCCUGUUUACACGGGGGAGAAUCUGUUGGUACCUGGAACUGGCAAUACUGCUGGGAUCAAAGCUUCUUUGGCAACCGCUUUGUCUAUGAUGAUUUUACAUAUAAUCUUCAUACUCCUUUAAUUCUAAUUAAUAUUAAUAAAUAAAUCCGUCGAACAUAACCUCCUUUUGGAUUGUGAAGUUGGUUAAUAAUAAUCGACGAAUAAUUUAAUUGCAUAAAAACUUUUUUAUUUCCGAC